AUGGCAAGCGGCGAUGAUGAGGACGAGCUCGGACUUGUCUCCUAUUGCAUCCAUCAUUUCGACUUUGGCCAUCAAUGUCAGCAACGAGAAUGGCUUCAAGAUUUAAUCAUUCAUGUUCGUACAAACGUCAUUAUUGACAGCAUUAGCUUAAAUAUUCUGGAUAUAUGUAAAAGAAUUAUAUCAAUAGUUCGAGAUUGGAUUGCAAGAGAUGAUCAAAAUGUCAAUACGGAAAUGCAGCUAUUUCAUGCCAUUAGUAUUCAUGAAUUGUUGACUAACCAAGAUGGCUUGCAGAUUUAUCGAGGUAAUAGUCCGUUAUUGCGGCGUCGAUUGUUAUUGCUUGGUUACUUGACAGAUUCCUCUGCAGCCUCCACUCAUCAUUUAAAUUUCGGGUGUUUAUAUCUACAAGAUAAUACGGGUGCCGUCAUAUCUGAGCGUGUAGAAUCUAUAACAGUCUUUUUGCUAGAUCGUGCAUCCCAAUCCAAAUUGGCUGAGGAAUUUAAUAUUAGUGCCCUCAUGGACGUUUGUAGAAUCAAUCAAUAUCCAUCACAAUGCUACUUAGAAAUAAUAGAUGAUUGUAUACCAUUAUCAAAUUAUGGAACAUUUGGUAUGGAAGUUCAGUUACCUAACGAUCGUUUAAUGUCGGUAUCCGGGUUACAGGAAAUAGUAAAAAAAAAGUGUAAUCAAGGCAGAAAUGUUUCACACGUUUUUGGUAAAAUUACAUCCAAAAGUCAGAUUUUUAGCACCCAUGGUAAAGGCUAUUUCAUGAUACAGUUAAUGUGCAGUCAAAACUCAGUUUAUACGCCAUGUCUUUUCAAGGGAAAAAGCUUCUUACAUUGGCAUAGCUUUUUAAUAAUUGGGCGCGUUUAUGUCUUUACUCAUAUGAUUAACGUUGUAAAGAAUAAGGGAGAUAAAAAUGAAAGAUUUUUGUUAAUUGCUACAGCACAAUCAACUUUCUUUCCUUAUAACAUUAAAUCUGAAGUAUGUAAAACAGAAGCAACGGAUAUUGAUGAAAAGCAAGUUUUUACUAAGUGUACAACUAGUGAUAAGCAAUCGGUACCUCCAUUGAAAGAUAAUCAAGACAUAAAAAUAUCAGAAAGUGAAAGUAAUGAUUUAUCUUUAAGCGCCACACUAAAAGAAAGGAUUAAUACAGAUUAUCCAGCUACGGAUAAUGUGGAAUCUAGUGAAAAGAAUAACCAUCCAUGUAGUACCUACGAAGAAGUUGGUAAAGCGGCAAAGUUAGGUUUAUGCGUCAGAAGCAAGUGCAUUUCAUACCAGGGUGUUAUAUCCAGUUAUACUAAUGUUGAAGCUGGCAUCUAUGAAAUAGACAAUAAAUACAAGCUUUAUAUGUGUUAUUCUCCGUGUUUAAAUUGUUGUCGUGGAAUGAGAAUUGGAGCUUGUAUCAAAAUGUAUCAUGCACAUUUAAUUCAUGUCAAUAAGCAUGUUAUCGGAUUUUGCCUUUGUUCUCAAAGUUCAGUUGAGGUUGUAAGAUUUACAGAUCAAGACUCUCCAUAUGUGCCCUUUGUAUCCUGUUGUAGUGUAUUUGGUAGGCAUGCUGGAAUGAUGCCAGUGAUGUUAUAUGAUUGGUUUUUGAGUGCUUGUGAAAAGUUAUCUGGAAUGUUUUCACAUUGGUUUUCCCGAAAGAUGUUAUUUGGGACGUGCGAUGAUUGGCAGGAGGGAGGCAAAAUUCUCAAAGGCAAUCAGGGUGCGAUCGAUAGAUUUAUCCAUCUGUUGUCUAACUUAAAGGAAAUACCGUAUCCAAAUAUUUCGCGUAAUUUCUACGACGAAUUUUUCAAUUGGCCUCAUCGAUGUCAUGUUACGACUCACCCUUAUUGGCCCAUACUUCUUCCAUCAAUUGCUUCUGUAUCAGAUGUGUUACAUAUAUUUGAUGAAGCAAUAAACGAUACCAGUAACAGUAUGAGUAAUAGCAGUAACUGGCGGAAAGACCAUUGGCAUUCUAUGACUGAAGAAGAUGGAUAUGGUUGGAUUAACGUUAACAGAGAUAGGGUAUCAUGGAACUAUCAAAUUAUCUCUCCUUCUGGAAAAGAUCGAGCCCCGAAAGUUAUCGUCGGUUGUUUGUUAAGCAGCAAAAAAGAUGGACACCUCAAACUGGUUGAUAAUACCGGUGAAAUAAACUGUAUUGUCUCAUCGCGAUAUAGUGGCGUAAGAAAUGACGAUUUAGAUCAACUAACUAAUAUGAAUAUUAAAUUUAAUGAAGUUGAUCAACUAUGGAUCAUUAGGAAAUACCAGCUCAUCAUAGAAAGAUUACGAAUUCCAAAUAUGUACAGUGUAGGAAAUGAAUUUCGUUAUAUGAAAUACAUUCAAUUUUCAAUUAAUGAUGCUUGUCGUUUUGUCAGCCGGCCAUACAGUAUCGAUAGAUUAUUGUCAAAUUUCAGAUCGUCAAAGAAAGCAUCGUUAUUCGCACCUAUUCAAAUUACAAAAAUUGUGACUCAAAAAGACUGUCAGGCAAGCGAAUCAUCUGGAGUUACAGUUAAAUUAGUUUCUUAUAAGAAGCGACUGUUAUACGUAAAGCACAAACAUGCUAGCAACUCUUUUGAUUUAAAUCAAAUUAAGAGAUUUUCUGUUGGUGUUCAGUUAUUCUAUGGUCGUAAAAUUGCUAUUAUUGAAGAAAGCACCAAGAAAAUGUUAGCAACUGUUGAAAAAUGUAAUUUAAAUGGCUUAAAAGAAAUUACUGAUGUUGUUCGAUCUGGGAAAAUUAAUCCAACCAAUUAUGGGCAGCAAUUUAGUGUUGAUAUAGAUUUAUCAAGUAAUAGUAGUGCUGUUAUUAUCUUUGAUGAUGAAGAAUCACUUUCUUGGUACCCAUUUUUAGAGCCUGGGAUGUUUUGUUACCUUUGUGAAGCAACUUCUAAAUCUGAUAGAUCGACUACAAAUAAUUCAAUAAAUUUAAGUAAUCGUAAGAGGAAAUUGGAAUCUCAAUUAAAUCAGACAUAUCUACAAAAUGUUGUUAAUUCAUGUCAUAGUAAUGGCAACUCUGAGAAUCAACGCUACUCGGGAAAUCAAAGUUACGCAAUAAGUUCAUCAGUAGUCAAUUUUAAUUGUAAUACAAUGUGGUUAGAACAUUAUGAUCAUGAGCUUGACAGUAUACUCGAAUGCUUCCCUAAGAAUGAUGCUCAAUAUAUUAAACAAUUUCGGGAAAUUAAUGGUAAAUAUGAAAAUUUUAUAAAUAUUAAAGAUGCUCUAAAUUGUACUAUAUCAGAUCGGACUAAAGCAGAAGAGUUAUCUGUAUCUAACUUCAGUAAGUUGGUAUCCUUUCAGUGUAUUAUAUUAUCGAAGCAUUAUUGCGACGCAAGUAACUCAGUAUUUGGUAGCGAUGAAUAUGGUGAAAGUUUAGUAUCUGUAUUAUCUUUUAGUUCCGAUAUAAAUUUACAUGGACCCGUUGAGCAGACAAUAGUAAUCAAAGCUAUCGAUUUAACUUCACCUAAUUGUAUCAAAAUCUAUGGAAACAAUGCUCAUCUUCAUCACUGCCUUGGAUUAUUGCCUGGCUCAAUUGUCACUUUUCAUUCUAUAUUAUGCAAAGUUUCGCAGCAUGGUACAAUCUACUGCGAAUAUUUGGCUAAUAGUAGUGUUACAUUGAACUCGAUAUCAGAGAAUUAUUAUGAUAGCUAUUUUAAUAAAUCUGAUUUUCAUGCAAGGUAUGAAGUAGCAUCAUUUUAUACAGUUGCUCUUAUUGCAUGCAGGGUACCUGAAUUAACUUUGGCUGUCGUACUUUCUAGGUCUUCCUUGCAAAAUGUACCUAAACGCUACUUAAUUGACUAUUAUCAAGAUGAUAGCGAGCGUAGAUUAUGUUGCGGCACGGCACGUAUCGAAUGUCGAUUAGUGGAUAUCGAGAAAUUACACUUACGCUUACAUUGUUUAUAUUGUGAUAGUAUCGUGAUCGAUAAGUGCCCAGCAUUAUGUAAAUCUGAUAAUUGGCAGUUAAGAACGGAAGCAAGGUGUACUGUGGAGGAUGGUACAGCAACUGCUGUUAUGCAUAUACGUGGUAAUCCAGUGUUAAAAUUACUGCAAGUGUCAGGUUUAACUAUUUCUGUACUUAUUAAAUUAGCAUUACGAACUGGAGAGCUGAUUUAUGAACAGGAGAGAGGGGGUUCUGAUUGGCAGCGUGACCAUUCAAACGUUGGUUCUAGCCAGAAAUUGUACGCCAAGUCACAAUUAAAAAAUUAUUGCCAAUCUCCUGCGGUUGAAGGAUGUCCGAUUACGCUAUAUUGUAAUAGGAUUCAUAACAGUAAAAGCUCUAUUUUAAGUAGGAUGUGUCCUAUUGAAGAUAUUAUUAGUAGCCAACAAAACACUCAGUCAUCGGCUGAUUGCAGCCGGAGUCAGACAGAUACCGAAAAUAUGCCGUUCGCUGCCAAAGGAUAUAUGAUGCGCCCUGUAAGAAUUGGUAUCGAUCUUUAUACCACCUUGGUGAGAUCAACGCGUUUGCAUCUCCAUGGAAUUUGGCUAAAUGUUGAGACUGACUAG